AUGUCUUCACUCAUCCCCAAGAACUUUACCAUCAAGCAGGUGUUAGGAGAAGGGGCUUAUGGUAAAGUGGUCAGAUGUGUCACAGAGGUGGCCGUCAAGGUGCCUCACAACCUGGCCAUGAAAUCCGCGGCCAUGAUGGAGAUGAGAACCAUCGUCCUUCUCGUGGGCUCACCGAGUCAUGGCAUGCUUGAGGAAAGCAUUGAAACACCCAUGUUCUUUGUUGACACUCCCGGUGGAUGGAGGAUAAAGUGUACUCUAUACUAUGGAGAGGAGGCUCCAGAGAAGGAUCCAGAGGAGGCUCCAGAGGAGGCUCCAGAGGAGGAAGAGGACCAGCGUGAUGCGACAGAGCAAAGGGUUUCUCCUGAGAAUGAAGGGUCGGCCUAA